UGACAUCAGCAGUACCUUUUGAAGGGACCGACACCGCUGUUCCUGUAACUGUCUGCCGGUUUGAGAGCAAAGAGAGGCACAAAGAUGGAGGUAACUCACGCGGUGCACGCUUUCGUCAAGACCCUGCUGCUCCUGCUGCUGUGGUCGCAAUGUGAGGGCAGAGAGUCGGAGCUCAGCCACGUGACCUGCGGCUCACUGCUCAAACUGCUCAACACCAGACACAACGUCCGCCUGCACUCCCACGACGUCAAGUACGGCUCAGGCAGUGGGCAGCAGUCUGUAACUGGAGUUGAAAACGCAGAUGACGCCAACAGUUACUGGCAGAUACGUGGGAAGCCCAACCGCCCGUGUCAGCGUGGGGCAGCCAUCAAGUGUGGUCAGGCCAUCCGCAUCACACACAUGAAGACCAGUCGAAACCUCCACACGCACAGCUUCAUUUCCCCCCUGUCCAAUAACCAGGAGGUCAGCGCCUUCGGAGAGAACGGCGAGGGGGACGACCUGGACACGUGGACGGUGCAAUGUGAUGGCGAUCACUGGGAGCGCGAUGAGGCGGUGCGCUUCAAACACGUGGGCACCGACGUCUUCCUGAGCGUGACUGGCGAGCAGUACGGCCACCCCAUCCGUGGCCAGCGUGAGGUGCACGGCAUGAGCUCUCCAAACCAGCACAACUGGUGGCGCUCCAUGGAGGGCGUCUUCAUCCAGCCCAGCCAGGUGCCGCUGCGCCACGAUGAGCUCUGACACUGUCACUAGGAGAUGUGAAUCCCUGUUCAUGUGGCUUCAAGCUCUCUUGGACCAAACAUGUGUGAAUGAUGCAGAAUCUUGGACUGGCUCUUCUCAGUACAUGUGAAACACUCAGGGUGGUCUGACGCAUAAAGAUUAAGAUCAAUGGCUGUCAUGUGGUCUUUAUAUACAUUUUCUCUUUAGAGAGUUUCAUAAAGGAGAACAAAUUUAAUUUGUAGUUUCCCCGUUGAAAGAUUGAUAGUUUUUUUUCAAUUGACAGAACAUUUUACAAUAUUUAGUAAUUGGAAAUGUCAGUCAUCAAACGAAGCACCAAACUUUUUUUCAUCUCUUUGUUUUGAUGGCAUUGCAAAUUAAAUGUCUUUCAAGUUUUGAUUGUUGGUUGGACAAAAAGAA